AUGGUAAAUAAUCCAACUUCUAAAAUAAAAAACCUACAGCUAAAUGGGCGGAGAAUUAUAGAUAAUCCGAUUUCUCACAAGGUUACCGGUAGUCAUGGUGCUGUGGCGGUAGAGAAUGAACAGUGUUCAAACACCGGUGUAAAUGUUUUGAAAGAAGGAGGUAAUGCUGUGGAUGCUGCAAUUGCCUCUGGUCUUUGCAUCGGUGUUAUCAAUAGCUUCGCCACUGGUAAACUAUCUCGUUUCAUGUUGAUUCGUACUCCUUCUGGCGAAUAUGAUUUUAUUGAUUUCCGUGAAGCUGCACCUGCAGCAGCGACAGAAGAUAUGUACGUACAUAAUAUCAGUCUGUCCCAAAACACUGGAUUAGCUAUUGCUGUACCAGGAGAGAUUCGUGGUUAUGGACUUGCUCAUGCAAAGCACGGAAAAUUACCUUGGGCAAGACUGUUUAGAGAUGCCAUCAACAUUGCAAGAAAUGGGUUUAUUACCAGCGACCAUAUAUACCAAAGACUCAAGACUUCAGAGUCAUGGAUAAUGCAAAAACCUGAAUGGGUCGAAAUAUUUGCACCUAACGGAUCAAUUGCAGAAAUUGGUUCCAUCAUUAAACGACCUGCUUUAGCCAAUACCCUUACCACAAUUGCCAAAGAAGGAGCCAAUGCUUACUAUGAGGGACCUAUUGCAGAAUCAAUUGUGAAUACCAUAACAAAAAAUGGUGGUAUCUUAACAUUGGAAGAUUUCAAAAACUACCGUGCCAUUGAACGCCCUGUGGUUAAUACGACCUAUAAUGGACAUAUAGUUCACACGACAUCAGCACCUACCAGCGGUCCUAUUCUCCUCAAUGUGCUAAACUUGAUUGAGCCUUAUCAAUUUUCGGUGGACGGACCCACCGGUUUAAACUAUCAUCGCUUGAUUGAAGCUCUGAAAUUUGGAUACGCUGCUCGAAGUGAGUUCGGAGACCCAUCUUUCACUGGCAAUCAAGAGCGGUUAGAUGAAAUUGCCUCUAAAGCUUGGGCCGAUUCCAUUCGUCCUCAGAUCACAGAUGAAACAACACACAACGUAUCUUACUAUAACCCCAAAUACGAAAGCAAUGACCCCCAUGGAACAAUGCAUUUGUCUAUUGUUGACAGUGAUCAUGGUGCUGUGGCACAAACCACUACUAUCAACCUCUUGUUUGGCUCAAAAGUGAUGGAUAGAGAAACCGGUAUUAUUUUUAAUGACCAGCAGGCAGAUUUCAGUAGCCCAGGAACCAUUAAUGCAUACGGUUACUCACCCACUAAAAAUAAUUUCAUUGCACCCGGUAAAAGACCCUUGUCUUCGACCACACCGACAAUCAUUGAAGAUGCACAAGGACAAUUAAAAAUGGUUGUCGGAAGCUCAGGUGGUUCUCAUAUUGUAUCAGGCGCAAUGAAUGUAACAUUUAUAGAAAUCUGGGAGAGAUAA